AGGCCUUGCAGAUAUAAUUCUCUGCAGGAUCAGUGUGCAAGCUGCAAAAUGUCCCCUAAGUAGCUACUGCUUAAAUUUUGGAGGGCAUAUAUUUGGAAAUCAGACAAACUUCUGCUAUGGAGAAUAAGGGCGACUUAGAAGCAGUCAGAAAAAGAACUGAAGCUGGAAAAAAGCAAUCACAUCAUAUGAUAUUCUUCGCUAUUUGAAAUCAUAACUGAGAAUAACUUGGCUUCUUUGCGCGGUGAAUAGAGGUGACCAAAAGGACACAGUCAUAUAUUUAGACUACUGGGAGGACGUCGAUAACAUUUCGCACAUUGGCAGGACCAGAGUUUAUACUCCAGCAUUAUCGCUCAAUGGAAAACUUCAAUUCGGGCUACAGCGGAGCCAAAAAGGAAUAUUAUAACUUCUGAGCGUAUUUUUCUCUCCCUCCCUCUCUCCGCGUCUCCUCCUCUCUCUUUCGGGGGAUCUAGUCAGAUCCAGUCUGGAUGAAGCGGACGUCUUGGUGCGAGAUAAUCGGGAGAUGAUGUGAGUUAAUGAGGCGGAGAUACGGCGGGACAGAUUCAGACGCGUUCCUCUCAUGCGACUACAGGUGUGCCAGCAGUGAGCGAGAGGAGGAGAAAACGAAAGAGCAAAGAGAAUAAAGAGGGUGGAUAGGUAGACACUGAGCGGAGAAGAAGACACUUCCUAGGUCCUGGCUAUGGAAACGGGGCAGAGCGCACCGGCGUCCGACAUGGGGGGAGAGCACAAUGCUGGGGUGUGCAUGGUGGAGCGGGACCGAGACCGAGAGAGGGGCGAGGUAUCCAGCCCCAGUCCACUGGCUAAGCAGCGCUCCUUGCGGGUCGUCUACGUCCUGAACGAUGGGCUGAAGUCGGUGAUGGCGAGCAGCCCGGAGUCCGGAGCGCUGCAGUGUCUGCAGAAAGCCUGCGACGCAGAGAGCGCCCUGCUCACCACGGUCACCUUCGGAAGACUGGACUUUGGAGAGACAUCAGUGCUGGACAGUUUCUACGAUGCAGACAUUGCAGUCGUGGAUAUGAGUGACGUGUGCCGGCAGCCCUCCCUGUUUUACCACCUGGGCGUGAGGGAGAGCUUUGACAUGGCCAACAAUGUCAUCCUGUACCACGACACCGACCCCGACACUGCACAGUCACUGAAGGACAUGGUGGCACAGAAAAACACAGCAUCCAGCGGUAACUACUACUUCAUCCCCUACAUAGUGACUCCUAACCAGGAGUAUAUGUGCUGUGAGAGUGAUGCCCAGCGCAGGGCCAGCGAGUACAUGCAGCCCAAUUGGGACAACCUGCUGGGCCCACUGUGCGACCCCCUGACCGAUCGCUUCACCAGCCUGCUGAAGGACAUACAUGUAACAUCCUGUGCUUCCUUUAAGGACACCCUCCUCAAUGACAUCAGGAAGGCCAGGGAGAAGUACCAGGGAGAGGAGCUGGCCAAGGAGCUUUCCCGCAUUAAACUCAGAAUUGAUAACACAGAGGUCCUAACGCAGGACAUCGUCAUGAACCUGCUGUUUUCCUACAGAGACAUACAGGACUAUGAUGCCAUGGUGAAACUGGUUCAAACACUGGAGAUGCUGCCAACUUGCGAUCUGGCCACCCAGCCCAUGAUCCAGUUUCACUAUGCCUUUGCUCUCAACAGGAGGAACACUCCUGGAGACAGGGAGCAGGCUCUCAGAGUAAUGCUGCAGGUGUUGCAGUCCUGCGAACAUCCUGCACCGGAUAUGUUCUGCCUCUGUGGACGAAUCUACAAAGACAUUUUCCUCGACUCUGACUGCAAAGACACUAAAAACAGAGACAAUGCUAUACAAUGGUACAGAAAGGGCUUUGAGCUGCAGCCCACUCUCUACUCUGGUAUCAACCUGGCUGUUCUCCUCAUAGUUGCUGGCCAGCAAUUUGAGAGUUCCAUGGAGCUUAGAAAAAUAGGGGUGAGACUGAACAGUCUACUAGGGCGCAAGGGUUCCUUGGAAAAGAUGAAUAACUACUGGGACGUGGGCCAGUUCUUCACCGUUAGCAUGCUAGCAAGUGACAUCCCUAAAGCUACUCAGGCUGCAGAGAAGCUCUUCAAACUGAAACCACCUGUCUGGUAUUUGCGGUCAGUGGUGCAGAACUUGCAGCUAAUUCAAAGGUUUAAAAAGCAAAACUUGGAGCAUUCUCCUCAGAGAGAGAGACUCAACUUCUGGAUGGACAUCAUUGUUGAGGCCACACAGGACACCACCAACAGACUGCGUUUUCCAGUGCUGAUUCUGGAACCGACCAAGGUUUACCAGCCAUCCUAUGUGUCCAUUAACAACGAGGCAGAAGAGAAGAACGUGUCCAUCUGGCAUGUUUCUCCUGCUGAAACGAAAGGGAUCCAUGAGUGGAACUUCACUGCAUUGUCCAUCAAAGGGAUUAGCAUCAGCAAGUUUGACGAGCGUUGCUGCUUCCUCUACGUCCACGAUAACUCAGAUGACUUCCAGAUCUACUUCUCCACCGAGGAGCAGUGCGGUCGCUUCUGCUCUAUGGUAAAAGAGAUGAUAUCUGAUGGUACUGGAAAUGCUGUGGAGCUGGAGGGGGAGGGCGACGGCGAUACGCUAGAGUACGAGUAUGACACUGAUGAGACAGGGGAAAGGGUAGUGCUGGGUCGGGGCACCUAUGGAGUGGUGUAUGCUGGGAGAGAUCUCAGCAACCAUGUCCGAAUUGCCAUCAAAGAGAUUCCUGAAAGAGCCAGCAGGUACUCCCAGCCCCUUCAUGAGGAAAUCGCUCUUCACAAGUACCUGAAGCACAGGAACAUUGUUCAGUAUUUGGGCUCCAUUUCUGAGAACGGAUACAUUAAGAUCUUCAUGGAACAAGUGCCUGGAGGAAGUCUAUCUGCAUUGCUGCGGUCCAAAUGGGGUCCUCUGAAGGAGGCCACGAUUAUCUUCUACACCAGACAGAUUCUGGAGGGGGUUCGAUACCUGCAUGAGAACCAAAUCGUCCACCGAGACAUCAAGGGUGACAAUGUGCUAGUCAACACCUACAGUGGCGUCUUGAAGAUCUCAGACUUUGGUACCUCAAAACGGUUGGCGGGAGUGAAUCCCUGUACAGAAACAUUCACAGGUACCCUGCAGUACAUGGCUCCAGAAAUCAUUGAUAAGGGUCCUCGAGGAUAUGGGGCACCAGCUGAUAUUUGGUCCUUAGGAUGUACCAUCAUAGAAAUGGCCACUGGGAAACCCCCCUUUCAUGAGCUGGGGGAACCACAGGCAGCCAUGUUUAAGGUGGGCAUGUUUAAAAUCCACCCAGAGAUUCCUGAGUCUUUGUCGCAGGAGGCCAAGGCGUUCAUUCUACGUUGCUUUGAGCCCGACCCUCAUAAGAGGGCCAUCGCCUUGGACCUGCUCAGAGACAAUUUUGUCAGGCACAACACCAAGGGCAAAAAGAGCAAGAUUGCCUUCAAAUCACCAGACUCCACCCCUAAUAUCUCCCUGCCGGUGCAGGUGCAGGGUGAGACCGCCGGCAGUAGCAGCAGUGAGCACGGCUCUGUGAGUCCAGACUGUGACGCAAAACAUGACUUAUUCUUCGGCAGGAAGAGAACCUCUGGCUCCAAGAAUCUGCUCAAACCGCCCAGUUCCAACUGCCUGAGUGUCCCUGAUGAGGGUUCACUGUCAGAGGACCGCUCUAUUCCCCCCUCUCCUGAGGACAGGGACAGCGGUUUGUUCAUGCUGAAGAAGGACAGCGAGAGACGAGCCAUUCUGUUCAAGGUCCUCAAUGAAGACCAGGAAAAGGUCAUCUCCAACCUCAGGGAAAACCACAUGCAGGGUAGCGAGGAGCUCCAGCUGUCUAUGGAACACAUCAAACAAAUCAUCUGCAUCCUCCGAGACUUCAUCCAUUCCCCGGAGCGGCGCGUCAUGGCAGCCACCAUCUCUAAGCUCAAGCUGGACCUCGACUUUGACUCUACCUCCAUCAACCAGAUUCAGCUGGUGCUGUUUGGCUUCCAGGCCUCGGUGAACAAGGUCCUGAGGAAUCAUCACAUUAAACCCCACUGGAUGUUUGCCAUGGAUAACAUCAUCCGCCGAGCUGUGCAGGCUGCAAUUACCAUCCUUAUACCAGAGCUGCAGACCCACUUUGGCCCAGCAUCAGAGUGUGAGGGGGCAGAGAAGGAAGAUGAAGUCGAUGAGGAGGAAGCAGAGUUUAGCCCUGUUUUAGCGCAGCACACUGACGACACUGGGGUGACGUGCGAUCCCACCCACUCUGCGGUCAGCACGCUAAACUCCUCUCACUGCCACGAACAGCAACGCUCACAUAAUCAUCUGGGAGCCCAGCUGGGAAGACUCAAGCAGGAAACCAACAGGCUGCUGGAUGAGCUGCUACAAAAGGAGAAGGAGUACCAGCAGGUCUUGAAAGCCAUACUGCAGCAGAGAACACAAGAUCUAGAGCUUGUCCGAGUCAGACACAGACCCCCAGAUCACAAUGUCAUCAGCAAACAUGAUAGUCCACGGAGACACCUACCUGACCUCAUCUGUAAACCUCUCCAUCACCAAGGCAAACAAGAAGUGGUUCAGAGCCAGUCCCUGAUGUCAUCUGUCACUCCUACUGCACACCUCACCACUGUCUUGUUGUCCUCAUACAUGUCCUGCAUCGCCCUCACAUACUUCUCUGCCACUACUGACUUCCUGCAGUACUACAGUUACUCUCUUGGCACCCUAUCAUAUGCUUUCUCUAGAUCCAUAGACACCAUGCAACUCCUUCUGACCUUCUCCAUCAAUACUCUCAAAGCAAACAUCACAUUGGUAAUACUAUUUCUGAAAGCCAUACAACUGCUCACUGAUUGUGACCUCUCUUCUCAGCCUAGCUUCAACAACUCUUCUCUUCUGAUUCACUGUCCACUGUUAAACCUCCUCUCUCUCUCUCUCUCUCUCUCAUUCUUCAUCCAUCAGCUCCUCACAUACUCGUUCCAUCUUCUCAACACACUCCCUUCACUCAAUAUUAUAUUUCCACCUCUAUCCUUAAUCACCACACCCUUUCCAGCUCAGUCUCUCUGCCUAGCUAAUCAAUACAAGUCCUUUUCUCCUUAGUGUCCAGUCUCAGCUGUGUUUAUCAAAAUGCCCAUGUGUGUGUGGACAGGGUCUGGGAUUCCUGUAAUUUAGUCAAGUUUUGUUUUCUGUUUUAAUUUUAUUAUUCCUUCUUUGUUCACAGAGCCACAGUUUUAUUGUUGUCAGUCAGACACUUUCCAGAUGUUACUGUAUGGUCUAAUGAUGUGCUCCAAAAGUGGCAAAACCUGCAAUGCCCCUACUGAUGACUUGAGGCUGGCUCUGAAAGCUAGUUAACAUCCACGGACUCCUGUGUUAAAAAUCCCAACUUUACAGCAUCAAAAAAAAAAAAAAAUUCAGUCUGGUUCAAAAAUGUUUUUGCCCUCUAUGGUGGUUUUUUCAUAAUAACUGUAUCCAUUUUGAUACUGAAGUUAUAGACAUGGCUGCUUUGAUUGACAGGCGUGCCUUUAGAGGGCGCUGUAGCCGAUCAGCAUCUGCUAGGUCUCACUUCCACUAAUUCGAGUCACUGAACUGGUCCUCUCCGCUGUGUUUGUGCUGUCGGUGUCUUUUUUAACAGAAGUAUCUGACAAAUAUUAAGUGUUGCUGUGGGCUGCACGUCACCCAAGAAGUUCAUUCUUGAGUUUUGGUAAGUGAAAUUCCAGUACUUUAUUUACACAUACAUAUGCCCUCAUACACUUGUGGAUGCAGCUUGCUAAUGAAGCUUGCUGAUAACUUAGCACACUGCCAUCUCAUCCAGAUAUGGUAACUUCUGGCUCCAAAAAACGAACAUGACAGAGGCUUAAAUGCUAAAGCAGAGGCUUCAGAAUGCAGAGUUCAAAACGAAUGGGUGAUAUCAUCAUGGCUAUACCCUUGUUUUAUAUUGUAUGCAUAUGUCUGUGUGUGUGUGUGUGUGUGUGUGUGU